AUGGAGACCGUCCUCCACAACCACGCCCUCCACCCGCGCGUGCCGCAGCCGCUGCUCCUCCACGGCCCCCGGGGCGUCGGCAAGUCCACGCUCCUCCUCAACCGCCUCCUCCCUCAGUGGUCCGAGCCCCCGCACUACGCCGCCUUCGUCGACUUCCUCCACCCCUCCCCCAGUUCCCCUGCUCAUGCGCCCUGGUCUCUCCUCGCCGACACGCCCCCCUCCCUGCCCUCUCUCCGCCUCCGGCUCGAGUCCGCGCUGGAGGAACUCACCCGCGCCGCAGUACUCCGAGGUGCCGUCGGUUCCAAGGACGUGCUCGCCGCGCUCUCGCGGUCCCACGGCCUCCACACCGUGCUCUCUCGCCUCGCGGGCCCUGCCUCCCGGCGCGGCCAGGGCACUAACUCGGUUCCGGUGCUCUGGGCAAGGGCUGUCCUAGCUGCAACCUCCUCGGCCCGUGGUGACGACCCCACCUUCCGCAUUGGCGAGGGGGAGGCAACGAACUGCUCCAUGGAGGAGAGGGCGUACAUGCAGGAGGCCAUGGCGGCGCUGCGUGUGGCCAAGGAAGUUCUCGGGAUGCAAGAGGGAUGGAGGAAGGAGGCGGUGCGGGAGAUGAAUAGGACAGGCCGGUUCUCCCGUCCACUGGCCAAUUCGGCCACAGACUGGCCAUGCCUCUUGCUGGAUGUGUUGUCAGGCGCAGCCGAGGAGGAUUUUUUCCAGCCAAAGCUGGUGCUGAACAACGUUGAUGCCCUGAGGAAGGCGACAUGCGAGGACGAUACAAUGGUGCCCGCAGCAGUGUACCAUGACAGCUUCAUUUGGAGGGUGAUAGCACUCGGUGCUAAUGAACAGUGCUUACCAGUCAUCAUGUCCACCUCAGAUGGAUACUAUUCUUCCCAAGCAUUCGUCGAUUUUGGUUUUCCUAAUAUCUUCAUUUCUCGUGAGACGUUUGGUUGGACACCACAAGAAGCUAAGCUGCAUAUGGUUUCUGAGUUCUUCAGUGAACAGGAGUGGAAAGUCGUUGAUGAGCUUCUUGGACCAAACCCACGACAAUUAUGUGAGAUAUAUAUGCUAAAGCAAAAGGCGAAUGGCCCAGAGGUUUUGCAUGACACAAACAUUGAGGAAAUUAUUGACACAUACCUGGCACACUUGCAAGUAUCUGUUGUGAAUCCCGCAAUGCAAACAGCAUUAAGUAUGGUGCAGAAGUUUGCUUCUGAUGUACGCGAGGGUAAAGUACCAGAGAACAGAUUGUCUUUUGGCGCGCCUUGGAGACAUCCACCUCGGGCUGACAAUCCUGACAUGUGCUACAAGUGGGCAAAGAUUCAACUGAUGGAUUUUGUCCAGUCUUAUGUAAACACAGAAUUUGGGUUGAAUUACCUAGCAGAUGAUAGCCUGGAAAUAUUGGAUGAUCCUGCAGCAGUCGCCAUGAUGGAGGUUGGCUUACUUUAUCAACAGAGAGAUCCAUCCUUUGUGCGACCAAUCACACGUGGGAUUCAGCGUUGUCUUGCUAGAUGGUGCGUUCUUGUACUUAUGUGUGGUAUUGUAAAUGUUUUGUUUCUUAUGGAACUUUUUUGUGGUUAUGCGAAGGCUUGUUCAGCAGAGACUAGAGUUGACCCUUCAAGAAUCAAUAUCAUUCUCAUGGCAACGUGUAAUUCGUGGGCGAAGCUAUCGACACUUGAUGAAGGAAGUCGGCUACAAGUAACAAGUUUAUGCCAAGAAAAAACAGGUUAA